AAAUGUUGUUUUGCUUGUCAUGUGCAGGUACACAGCAGGCAUAGUGGGUGGCCUGUCAACAGUGGCGGCGUGCGCGCCUAGUGAGCAAUUCUUGAACAUGGCGGCGCCGCUCGGUAUCGGCCUUGGAGUGGUGUUCGCCGCCUCCCUCGGCUCCAUGUUCCUAGCGCCCACCACCGCCCUCGGCUCCGGCCUCUACUCCAUCAGCCUCUACGGCGGCCUCCUCGUCUUCUCCGGAUUCCUGCUCUACGACACGCAGAAGAUCAUCAAGCACGCCGAAACGCAUUCGCCCUACGCCAUCGACAAAUACGACCCGAUCAACAUGUCGAUGAGCAUCUACAUGGAUACAAUCAACAUUUUCAUAAGAAUUGUUUCAAUUCUGAGCAAUGGAGGCUCUUCAAAGAGGCGAUAAGUCCAAAUAGAACUGAUCAUUCUAGAAUAUCAAAACUGUAAAAUAAGCGAAUUUAUCAUUUUUUUAUUUGACUUCAUUUAAACGUUUCAUUUAUUAUACUCAUCAUGGUUCAAAUAAUGGAGAAAAAUGUAUUCCACUUUCUUGUUAUCCUUAAUAAAAAAAUUGAAUCUUAAUUCAACGCGCUGAAAUACUUAUACAGAGGAAAAAUUGUGUAUUAUAAUACUAUUCAUUUCUUGAAAAAAUAUGUAAGCUAGUUACUUGAAUGCGUUUGAAAUCACAAAAAUUAUAUUCAUAAUAAUAAAUUAUUUCAAAAAACUUGA